UAGGCAGGCUUCAGUUAUGCAACCAGAAGGUAUCAAGCAAUACCAACAUGUCUGUAUGUCUAGGUUUCUGUUGCUCUCUCUCAACCUCUGUUGUUCUGUCUAUGAUCCUAUAAGUGUCUUUCCCUAACACAGCCCUUGUCUAUACUGCAGCCCUUUAUUAUCAAUAUCCAUGCUUAUCAACAGCCAUGUUUAUCAACAUCCAUGCUUAUCAACGUCCAUGUUUAUCAACAUCCAUGUUUAUCAACAUCCAUGCUUAUCAACGUCCAUGCUUAUCAACAUCCAUGCUUAUCAACAUCCAUGUUUAUCAACAUCCAUGUUUAUCAACAUCCAUGCUUAUCAACGUCCAUGUUUAUCAACGUCCAUGCUUAUCAACAUCCAUGCUUAUCAACAUCCAUGUUUAUCAACAUCCAUGUUUAUCAACGUCCAUGUUUAUCAACAUCCAUGCUUAUCAACAUCCAUGCUUAUCAACAUCCAUGCUUAUCAAUAUCCAUGUUUAUCAACAUCCAUGUUUAUCAACAUCCAUGCUUAUCAAUAUCUGUUGAUCAAAAUCCAUGUUUAUCAAUAUCUGUUGAUCAAAAUCCAUGUUUAUCAAUAUCUGUUUAUCAAAAUCCAUGUUUAUCAAUAUCUAUGUGCCAAUAACAUGUUCCCACUGAUGUACCCUGUAACCUCUUACAGUCAUACUAUCACCACCUCCAUGCUUCAUAUCAUCCCUCAGUCUGAGUGAUAGGACCCUUACCCAUCAUCACAACCACACCAGACACUCACAGCUGGCUGUCAUCGACCCCUAACCUGUCUGUCUGUGCUACUGCUAGUACUACAUCAACUCUGAUGCCAAUGACUCCCUAUUUUAUGGCCAAAGUCUAUGUGUAAUUAGACUCAUCUGGACUGACACCUUGAAUAACUCUUUGGACAAUAGAAAAAGACGAAGAAGAAGAACAUUAGGAAGUGGAGUAAAAGGGAAACAUGCUGUUUGAUUACAUAAUAUUUCUAGACAUAUUUUAUGCUUACCGCAGAUAACGUUUUCUUAAUGUAAAUUGACACAUUAUUUUUAUCUUAAUGAAUACGAUAGCAUUCUACAGUGGAUUUUUAGAAUACUUAUUUAUUUUCUGUUGAUUUACGUCUCCACCAUGUAUUACUGUUACUAUUAAACACAUCCCAAUGCC